AUGACGUUUCGAAUUUCGCGAACUUUAAUCGUGACAGUAAGCUGUUUCGCUGUCCUGGUCGGUUGCAAUCCAAAGUUUGACGAUGGAGGGUUUGUGCCCAGUUCCAUAAGUUAUGUGGAAAAACAUGCGAAGGCGCAAGAUCAAAUAGCCAUGCCGUCAUCUCAGGUUAAACAGGAGAAUCCACCGAAACGUGAAUCUGAGAUGAACGACGUGACAGAUCGUGGCCAGGAAGCGCGAUUUGGCUUCACCAAUAUCGGAAGUACAGGAAGCGGCUACGGCGUGUCACCUUAUGCACCGGCGAAAAUAGAUCUGGGCGGACUUCUCUUGGGAGCCAUUAUUGGUGUGGGAUCAAUCCUUAUCAUCCCAAAAUUGCUUUAUAUUCUAUCAGGCACUUAUGGCGCAUAUGCGAGAAGUGAGGACGCCGGUUUCGCCCAGACCCUGACGAGGAUCGACGACGUCCUGGCGCGUCACGGCAUCGACACGACCUCAUGCAUGCAACGCGCAGUGUGCACGUACUCGCAGCAGGCCGCCGCCGCGGUCGGCGACGAGAGCGACGCGAACGAGACCGAGCGGGACGAGAAGGUGACGUCAUUCGACAGAAUGGUGAACGCCAUCACCAGCAACCAGGUGUUCCGCACCGCCAUGCAGGGCACGGCGAUCGAGGAGGCGGUGGAGGCCGGCAGAGCCAACAGGAGUUGUUCGAGAUCGUACCCGCACUGCGGCUUCUCGAUGGAGACGAUGCUGUCGCUCCUGGCCAACGUCAUCGCCGCGGCGAACGCGCGCGCCACGACACCCACCGCCGCUUCGUCGCUCUAAUUUAUUUAUGCAAUUUUCGCGUCCUUCCUUCGAAAGUUGGAGGAAACCCUAACUGCACAACAUAGCCGAAAGACAUUCAGAAAAUAUCCGGAGGACAUCCGAACAUUCUCUCCCAAGUAGCAACCCUAAUAGCACACCAUAUCCGAAAGACGUCAGAGGAUAUCCAGAGGAUAUCCAGAGGACAUUCCAACAGCCUCAGGAUGUUCGCUAAACAUCUUCGGAAUAUGUGUGCUGUUAGGGAAAGU